GUGAAAUUUCCACUGUAGCUAACAGACAUGAUCCCAUCCCAGUCGAGCGACCCAUUAUCAACUUCCCACCAGCACCACAUCUCAAGGCUACGUUAGGCUCUUGGGAGAUAGCAGAAACAGUCUAUAACACCUACUGCAACCUUGUGCGUAGGACUGCAUUGUGUAUUUUCCUGCUCGCGCUUACUAUCCAAAAAAGCCAAGGGCCCACGCCGCGCCGUCUUUCUUCUAAAACAUCCACCCCCUUCCGUGUCAUGUCCCAAAGGCCCCAGAGCCAUGUCCGACGAAGUCUCCCAAUUUCUCGAGCAGGUCGAGCGCCUGCGUGGUCAACAGAUCGAAGAAGACGAAACGAGGGCUCGUGAGCUUGAAGAAUACUUGGCCGCCAAGCGAGAAAGACAAGCUCGUCGUGAAGAACGUGCACGAUCAAUCUCACCACAAAAGUCCUCCCCUGCGAAUACUCCCUCACCACGUUCGAGUCGUCGUAGCGUUCAUUUAUCCGAGGCAUUGAGGCUCGACUCCCCCGGUUUGUCCAAGGACGACGCCGCCUCACCAUCAUCUGAGCCUGAAGCAAAGCCCAAAGCUCCAAUGGAUGUCAGCUCCUCUCCGACCAAGGAGAACGAGUCUCCUGUUGAUGUCGAUGCCAAGCCCGCGACUACACCUACCCGUUACUCUACAUUGUCAUGGCAGCGGCGACCUAACUCCCGCAGCGGCUCUGCCCGACCGUUGAGCAUGCUCGCAACCCAAAAUGCGACCCAGCGGUCGUUUAUUGGGUCGCAGGAAUCUUCCCCAGCUCCAGCUCCAGCUUCAGCCACUGAGCAGACUUUCUCAAAGGACCAGAUUGCCCAUGCCCUUGGAUCCAAGGAUCCUUCAUGGUUCCGCCAGACAGCCGACCGUGGAGCCAAUUCAGCUGCUUACCGAAAGAACCAGGUCGAGGAUACUGAUCGAUUGGAUAUGGCUUCUGUCAAGGCGCAAUUACCAGGCAUGACAGCCGAACAACCAAAACCAAGCCCACCGGCUGAGGAACCCGUCAAGGAAUCUGCUAAGGAACCUGCUACUCCUACUAAGAUGAGGUUGGCAAGUCCCCCAACGCUGAAUCCCCCAGCCUUCGACGCCGGCGAAGACACAUCCGUGGGAGAUCGCUUCGGAAGCAUGUCAGGGCGUAUAUCUCCUACUCGAUCCAACUCGCGAUCGAACUCGCCCACCAAGGGCAUGGGCGGAUUUGUGCAGAGUGCCAUGAUGAAGAGAUCAGAUAGUGUUAAGCGAUGGAGCGUUACAAGCCCUCCUGGUCUGAAUCGCGCCAAUUCGAUCCAGUCGAACCAAGGCGGCGGUCUAUCUGUAAACGCGCGACCCCAGAGCAAGGGGCGACCUGAAUCAACAACGCCAAACUCGAGCCGGCCAACAUCUCGACAUGGAGAGUCUGAUAACGAGGUCACACCAAAAGCUCCUACAAUUGACACUGCCAUGGAGGGAGCACCAAUUCCUACCAGCCCUUCCAAGACUAUGGAUCCUCGAAGGUGGAGUCCUACCAAGUCAAGUUGGCUUGAGAGUGCUUUGAAUAAGCCACCUGAGUCACCCAAGACUCACCACAAAUCGAGCUCAUCGCAGCCGGCUUGGAUGGCAGAGCUAAACAAGAACAAGGGAGGUGUUCCCGGCGCUGAAGGAACGACACGGCCUCGUCCAGGGUCUAUUUCUCAUAAGCACCAAGUUAGUAUCGGAGGACUUAUGAGGUCUACGCCUAUGGGAACUGCUACGAAGACUAACACCACUGGCCUUGGCGGCAUCUACUCUCCUCCCCCUGGUGGCAACCGACCCUACAACCACGGUGCGAGUUUGAGCAUUUCCAAGAGUGCCCCCAAGCUCGAGCAUGGAACCCCAACUGAGAACAAGGCUGCCAAGGUUGAAGCCGAACCUGUUCCUGAUCCUGAGCCAGUCCCGGACCCCGAACUCACCGAAGAGGAGAAGAAGGCAUCGGGGCCUGCCAAGGAUGAGCCGGUUAUUAGCCCCAAAGAAGUAAAACCCUUUGCGCCUGUGCCCAAACCUAAGCCUGAGACACCACCAAAGAAGGACUUCCGCAGUUCAUUGAGGCAUCGGCCAACAGGGUCAGAAGCGCCAAAAACCCAGGAACCUGAGUUCAAGAACGUUUUUGGCACUCUUCGUAGGACCAAGACACAGAACUAUGUGGCUCCUGAUGAGUUGAAAGAUAACAUCCUCAAGGGCAAGGCUUCCCUCAGCCAGACAGGUGGUCCACAAAAGACAGAGAGGGUGGAUGAGUUCAAGGAGGCUAUUCUGAAAAAGAAGGAUGACUUUAAGAAAGCUCAGGUCGAGGGCAAGGGCAUCUCAAGGAGCAACACUCCCACGAACGAUUCGCCACUACCAGAGGGCCUUGCUAGAAGGGCUGAGAUGGCGAAGAGAAAGUCCAUGGCUGAACUAAAGUCACCACCUACACCGAGUAAGCCAAGUUCGCCCAAGCCGACACCAGGCCCCAAGAGGAUACCCAACCAGACCCCUUCUUCGCCCAAGCCCGCUCCUGAAUCCGCCCCAGAACCCGCUGACGAGGGUCUAAAGCGAGUAGUUACCGAAUCUAGCGCGAAACCGGAGGAACCGCGGGCCUUGCCAGGCCUGCACAAAGAAACGAGCUCACCUGCUAGACUACAGGGGCGUGUAGGAGGUAAGCUCGCUGGACGGUUCAACCCAGCCCUGGCCGGCAUGCUUGCACGAGGACCGCCACCCAUGGCUGUCAACGGGGAAAAGCUCUCAGACGAAUCUGAUCCGAAGGGAGCUUCCACCAAAACAGUUACAGAACCUUCUGCUCCGGGCCCGCAGCUGACACAUAUGACUAAGGGUCGAGCACGAGGUCCCAGAAGAAAGGCUCCGACUUCAGCUGCCCCUAAAGCCGUCUCUGCAGCUCCAGCAGCUGAACAAAAACCUGUCCAAGAAAAGCCCAAGCCUGCUACACCGAAACCCGUUGAACCUGUCAAGGAGAAGCCAGCGGAACAGACACCUCUUACCCAGAAGGUGGAGGAGUCAACUGCUGCUCCUCUUUCUAUUCAACAGCAAGUUGCUGCCAAGGCUGCCAUACGAGGAAAGCCUACACCCACAAAACCCACACCUAUCAAGUCUCAAGAGGAUGAACCUCGACGAUUCCAGACCCGCGAUGAUCAAACAUCUUCGUUCUCUUCCAAACAGACUCCCAAGAGUGAAUUCCUCCCCAGUGAUUAUCCCUCACCACUAAGGAUUCAAAAGACUGGUGAUGCCGCUUCACAACCUGGCUCACCUAAGAAACUUGACAACAACCGCAUGUCUCGAUUCAUGGACCGCCCGUCAUCAAACGGCACAUCGGAACCUGCCAAGGAGCCCAUUCGUCUGACGCAUCAGCGAACAGGCUCUCGGUCUCCCGUGAAGAUGUUCCAACGGCCACUGCCUGAGCCUGAGCCCUCAUCCCCGACAAAGGUUGAUAGUGACCCCGUUGUCUCUGUGAAGAAUGCCAGAGCCAUGUUUGGCGGUGCUGCUCAACCUCCACCUCUAGCAUCGAAGCCCUCAUGGGACAGGUCAGAGCCUUCAGCCGUACAAACACCACCAAGAGCAUCUCCUCGCCCCCUUCCUGACCCUGGACGAUCUUCUCCUCUACAAAUUAAUAAGACUCCAUCUCGAGCGGCCACCCGCCCCUUGCCAACACCCCCUACCAAGGAACCCCAGACUCCCCAAGCCCCGCAGACCCCCAAGCCUCAACAAACAUCAUCAACCGCACCACCAAAGACCCCUAGCCAGGGAAGUGAUGUUGCAAGUCUACUGACAGACUUCUUUGGGCCAAAGCCGUCAAGGUCUGAGUACAAGGUAGAUGCUGCUGAGCUUCUUACAAACCGACCACCAACAGGUCCUCUGAAGAUCCAGAGUCUCAGCUUCCAAGUGUUCCAGAUCUCAGCGGAGGGCAAGAAGACACCUGUUUCGGCUCAUAACGAGCGCACAUUGUUUGAGCGAGAGAUGUACAUUGCUCCCCACAGCUUCACAAACGAGGCUGGCUGGAAGCGCCUGGAGAUCUAUUUCUGGGUCGGCGACCAAGUUCCUGAAUCGGCUGCUGACGAUGCCCUUCUUUUCGUUCAGAAGGAAGCCAAGGCAUUGGGAGGUAAGCUUGUCAGGAUGCAGCAGGGCAAGGAGACAACAGAGUUCUUGCAAGCUCUUGGUGGAAUUGUUUUGAUCAGACGCGGCUCAAGCAAUAAGUACGACUCACUGGCACCUAACAUGCUCUGCGGCCGGCGCUAUCAGGGCCAGGUCGCUUUCGAUGAGUGUGAUUUUAGCCCAUCUAGCCUCUGCGCAGGAUUCGUCUAUGUACUCACCAGUCAGGGUAAGGCCUAUAUCUGGAAGGGACGAGGAUGCGAUGUAACCGAGCUGAGUGCGGCGAAGCUCAUUGCUAUUGAGCUUGCACUCACUGGAGAAUUGAUCGAGGCCGACGAUGGCGAUGAGUCUGAGUCAUUUUGGAAACUUUUUGAAAGCGGAUCAAAGCCUCACUCGGCUGAUCAUUGGAGACUCAAGCCCAACUAUGCCAAGUACUGCAGCAGACUCUUCUGCUCAGAUGCAGACACACGGCAACAGGUCUUUGAGAUCGCUCCAUUCAACCAGCAUGACCUUUCCCCUGAACACAUUUAUGUUCUUGACGCAUUUUUUGAGAUGUAUAUCAUUGUUGGCGCCCGUGCUCAGUCGCAAUACUCGUCUUUCCGCAACGCUCUCGACUUUGCUCAAGAGUAUGCCAUCCUUGCCGCGGGCAUGGAGGACCGUCCUUUUGUGCCCAUUUCAACGGUCGUACUGGAAGGUAUUCCUCGGGAUCUGAAGCGUGUCUUCCGUUUCUGGCGAGAUGAUUUGAGUCCUACGGCAACACAUACCAGCUCAGCUGCUAUGGGCACACCGAGACGGGGCCGAAGUCUGAGGGUCGUAUCAUUGACGCAAGCACUGCAGGCGCUUAGAGAGUAAGCUUGUCGGUGCAUUUGCUAUAUUCAAAAGCUGGGCUUCAUCGAUUUCUUGUGUGGUUUUUAUACUGUAGCGAUAUUUCCUUGUAAUUGGUUGGUCUCGGAGCAUGGCGAGAUAUACGGCAGGUCGGGUAUGGCGAUCUUGGAGUUGAAUCUCGUUUCUGAUCCUCCGGUUUUGGCGUGUAGAUGAUGAUAGACGUUAUCGAAUGAAACACGAAAAGUGUACGAGAUAUACACAAACCUGUACACGUGUGAAUUCCCAUGACAUUGGGAGGAAGUGAUCGAC